UGCCCGACACUAAAAUGGCGGCCGGAGGUGUCGGGGGGGGUGGAGCUCGGCGUCGCGGCGCUUCCGCUCUGCGCAUGCGCGCGGCGGCGGCGCCUCGCUGACGCCAUCACCCGGCGCCGGCAGGAAAGGCGCCGCGUGGAGAAUGGAGGGGGAGCGCGGGGCGGGCCCGGGCCCUGAGGAGCCCAGCGGGGAGGCCCCGGCCCCGGCCCCGGCCCCGGCCCCGGCCCCGGCCCCGGCCCCGGCCCGGCGGCGUCGGAAAGCCGCCAAGAAGCGAAAGGAGGCGGUGGCAGCCAUCCCGCGGGGCAGGCCCAAGUCGGGGCGGGUGUGGAAGGACCCCGGCAAAAAGAGGUUCUCACACAUGAUCCAGGAUAAGGCCCUUCGCACCUCCUGGGCACGGAAAAUGAAGGAGCGGCAGGAGAGGAAGCUCGUCCGGGAUCUGGCGCGGCAGCUGCAGGAGGGGAAGCAGAGAGAGCGAGAGGGCGAACUCGGGGCUGCGUUGCAGAGUCAGACCUUGACUGGAGACUUUCCACCUCUCUCCGUACACAACUCUGUGUUUCUCCCCCCAUCCUGGGCCCCGGGAUCGUGGCAUUAUUGUGGCAGAGCCCUGCAUUCCUCGCAGCGAGCCCAAACCCCACCGGCUGCCCUUCUCCUGGCCAGCUGGGACAGUGAAUUCCCUGUCGUCCUGCCAAAUCUGCGACAGUCACGUGCUGCAAGUCACUGACUCGGAAUAAACUCAUUCAGUCAGUUCAGGCCUCGUGUCCGGGGGGGGGAAAGCGCCACUGGCUUGGCUUUGUGCAGCAGGUUUCAUGCUUGGGCAGGUGUUGCUCAUGCUGCCGUGGCCGUGCAUCUUCCUGACUGGCAUCUGCAUCAGCCACGGGUCAGUACUGGUUUGGGUUUGAGCCCGGAGGGAGGGAUGGACCCAGAGGGAACGUUU